UUCUUCCCCUUUGUAACCAAUUUUUUAUGCGUCCUCCGCCUGCAAGUUGCAGUUCUCAAAGCCCCCCAUUCCAAUCCCUUCUACUAAAAUACUAUUGCCGACUAUAGAAAUUGCAUCCGCAUUCCUGCCUUUACCCUUCCCACUCCUCGCCCAUCCGCUCCUCCGUCAACUCCUCGGCGGCCGCCGCUGCCGCUGCCGCGUCCGCAUCCGGUGUCCAGUCACUCUACCUCCUGGUCUUGCUCGGUGUAUGUUUGGAGCCUUGUUUGGAUCGUGAAAAAGGCACAAAAUUAUGGGGCAUGACCAUAUGUCUCGCAUAAAGAUGCAUAUGGCAGAAGGUUCUCUUGUUGACAGGAACCGUUGCCAGCAACCUGGUUGCAACGAGGUUGUUGAUGGAAGGGUAAUGUACUGCAAAGUUCACAGCGGGGAGCUGUUACGCCAACAGUACAGUCACCUCCAGAAUGCACAGGGGAGCUCAGGUUUAUUGGUGCCUUCUGUUAAUGACAGCCCAUUUAAGGGACCUGUUUCCAGUGCUGUGGCAUGCACUGAGCAAGAAAUACACAUCAAGCAUGAAGGGGAUGAUCGAGGUAAACUAAAGGAUAGUUUUGGGAACACUCAGGGUCAGACUACGCAGUUGGUCUUCCGUGGGGCAGGGAUGCUUUGUAAGCACGAAAACUGUAGCAAGCAAGCACAGGAGAACUCAAUCUACUGCAAGUUACAUAGUGGUGUUAGCAAAGGUUGCAUGGUACGGGGCUGUACAAGAGGUGCACAUGGAGGCACACCCUUAUGCAUUGGCCAUGGAGGAGGGAAGCGGUGCAUUAUCCCUGGAUGCCCAAACGCAGCAUGUGGCCAAGGCCGUAGUGACCGCUGCGUAAGGCAUGGUGGUGGCAAGAGAUGCAAAUUUGAAGGGUGUGCAAAGGGCGCACAAGGGAACACAGAUUACUGCAUCAGGCAUGGUGGGGGAAGGCGUUGCAAAUUCGAAGGAUGUACAAAGAGUGCACAAGGGCGGACAGAUUUCUGUAUUAAGCAUGGUGGGGGCAGCCGAUGCAAGUUCCAAGGAUGUGGUACGAGUGCGAAAUGGGGAACAGAUUUCUGUUCUGUUCACAGGAAGAGUCUAUUGAGUGGUGACAAUGCUAUCCCUGAAGCUUUGCCGGCCUCUUCGGAAAAGCGACGCCGGGCCAAGAAACCCAAAAAGGCAGUCAAGCCUUCUGAACUUUCCCAGGAGAAUGUCACCACAGCAGCUAUUGCUGGUAGCAGCACACAACAGAUGGGUGUUCUUCUCUUAGCUACCCCAGUUCCCAACCAUGACAUGCUAACUAAGGGUGUAACAGUGACGGCGCAAGCUGCAAUAGCCCCCGCGCAGAUAGUAGCGCCGCUGUCCAUGAAAUCACCAACACCAUCUGGAUCUGUUGCUUCAGCAGAGAGGGAGGCAGGCGUGUUGGGUCUGUAGAAAUAAUGUGGCGGUGCAUAAUUUGGGAAGCUUGCAGAAACCUUGCCAAACUAGUCCUCUGAUUAUUGCAAUCGACUGAGAAACAUCGAAACUUUAGGAGUUGUUCAUAUAACCGGUUCUCUACGCCAACUGACUCUAGUGAUGUCCUGUGACUUUACCAUUUGUCCUAUGAAUCUCUAGAUGUUCUUGUGUAUGUUCUCAUGUGCCAUGUAGCAUGGAAACCGGUAAGCGGACCAUUUAGAACUGUGCACAAUAAGCAAGAAUAUUGCGUCAUUGCCUAGUUUGUGUUGGUUGGACUCUCCGGGUGUAGAGGUUAACUUCUGCUUAUGUGUUACUAGUGCUUGUGUGCUUGGAGUUGGAUUAGAUUGGAUGUUAAUUUGGUUAGUCAACUUUGAGUGUUCCGAGUUGUGUAGUGUUAUCUGCUGCUCUCGUUUUCUGAAACAUACUGUUCUGCUGCCCAGUUUGUAACAUUGGAAGGCGGAGUGUAUGUCGUCCAGAGCCGCUCUGCUCAAAGGAAGGCCUUGUUUCUUUCGUGGAA